CGGCACAGCCCCGCGGGAGCCGGGGCAGAGCAGCCCCCGCCAGCGCAACCCCUCCAGGUCCGGCUCGGCUCGGCGCUGUGGAGCAGCUCCAGCGGCGCGGGGAGUGCCUGGCUCUGCGGCUUGGGAAGACGGAGAGCCUCCCUAUGGGACGUGGAGUUUUGUUCAGCAGGAGCUUGCCAGGGAUGCGGGGCAAGGGAAGCGGGGUGCUGAACGAGAGGCGCUACGAGGCCUCUUCAGCGGGGCAAAUCGUGGGGCAUCCAUGUGUUCGGGAGGGCGGCCAGCUCUCUCCAUCGGCGCGUGGCUGAGAUUCCCGUGCGACUUUUCUGGCUUAAAAUAGUGCGGCUGAUUCUGCUUUUAGAUAAGGAGUUGAAACUGCCCUAUCUGGACCUUUUAGACCUUGAUCUAUCACCACUGUACCCAAUCUUCUCCUGAACUGGAGACUGUACUUCUGAUCAAAGAAACAACAGACAUGUAAGUCUGGAGCCUGUAUAAGACAAAUGAAUAGACUCUAUGGUAAAGCACAGGACUGUUGGACCCCCAAGUGAAUGUGGUCUGCAUGGGAAGAAUCAAUGUGGCCUUUGAAAAAGGAGACCUUGCCUCAUACAGCUCUGGAUUGCUAUGUAGGCUGUGUCUUGGUGUCUGUGCUUGAUCACCUGGUUCACCCAGAGAACCUGAGCUAGGCUGUUCACUGCUUUGCCAUGUGCUGUCUUCUGAGCUGGAGCUGAAUUCGGGAGACGCGUUCCCAGACUCCCACCACUCAUCAUAUACCUCCUGAGGGAAAUUGCUGCUGAUACAUUGCUCUGCAAGUUUUCACCACCACUGUGUACAUCUGCCAAGGGCUUGACAAAGCAACAUGAGUGUUAUGGAAUAGCAUGGCUAGUUGCUGGCAUCAUUAGCUACAUAAUCUCCCAGCUGUCUUAUCUUCAACUCUUGGAUAUACAAUAGGCAUCCAGGCCUCUCUCUUUUCUCUUUUUUUUGGUUUUUUUUUUUUUUCAUUUUUUAAAUUUUUAAAAAUUUUUUUAAACCUCCCUUCCUGUUUGCAAUGAUAAUGAAACCCUAGGAGCAAAGGCUGUGAGAAUACUGUAUAUGUUCACUGAGCUGUAUAGACUUUUUCAAAAUAAUUCUUCUCUCACUACUUGCUGUCCUGCACUGUCAUGUGUAAUUCGGAUGACACACCUGACUCUUCUUUGAUAUCUUGUAGUUCUUUGGUUGGCCUUUCUUUCUUUGGAGCAGAGCGAGCUUUUUAUUAAGCCUUCAUCUCUUGUGAAACAAAGCAGCUUUGGCUGUAGCGGAUGUGAACAAUCAUCCAUUUUUCAAAGCCUCUUGCAUGGCUUGCAUGCAAAUUCAUCUCAAAAUGGCCUUCCAGGUACUGAGUAUCAUCUAGAAGAGAAGAGUUAUAAGUCGAAGGAUUUAGAGGGGCAGAAGCUAAAAACCAAGUGUAUCAGUUCUGACUUGUCCCUGGGUGGUGGGAAGGGAAAAAGGGGAUAUGUGUCCUUUCAGCAUUCCUGCAGUGUGACGAGACCCAUUGAUGGAGAUGCUUCAUGAGUUCCAAAAAUAGGUUCUGCCUGCUGAAGGUCAGGGUCCUCUUUCAUUAAGCAAGCCAAGCUUGGAGAGAGCCUGGCUGUUGGCAGAAAAUUCAGAUCUUGCUUACAGGGCCUUGCAAACGUGGGUCUGAUGCAAUUAUGGAUUAAAGACACGGGCAGGCUGAGAGGUGUGAGAGUUCUGUGCUGCCCCUCUGUGAGGUGGUGCAGCUGUGGCAAAGGUGUGGGUGCCUGGUGCCUCAGCAGAAGGCUUUGCAGUGAGAGUGGGCAGCAGAAAUGUUUGCUCUGGAGAACUGCUGAGUCCUCAUGGACUUGAGACUCUUUGUCUCAAAUACUGAGUAAGGUUUCAGAGUGAGGCUGCCAGAUGAUGUCCCAGGCUGAGUUGUUACGUUAACCAGUGUCAGAGCAGGAGGUCAUGUGUGACACAGGCUGGGAUACCUAACCUCCUCUCCCAGAGGGGAGAAGUUGUGGACAAACAGGGUCAGAAUUAUUGCCCUACUAUGGCACAGAGGUCAUUCUUUUAUGUGCUGCUGUGCCCUAGAUGUGGUGGCACAGCAGGAGCCAUCCUGACCUGUCCCCUGGAAGUGGUGAAGACACGUCUGCAGUCAUCCCAGCUGGCACUGCGGCCUCUGUGCCUCCCAGAGAUACAGCUGCCAGGGAUGAGUGUGAGGCUGAUGAAUCCCACACCACCAUCUCCUGGAGUGCUCAAGUUGCUGAGGUCCAUCCUUGAGAAGGAAGGCAAACGGUCCCUGUUCCGAGGUCUGGGUCCAAACCUUGCUGGGGUUGCUCCUUCCCGGGCUAUAUAUUUUGCUGCCUAUUCUACUACUAAGGAGAGGCUUAAUACUGUCCUGGUACCGGAGUCCAAGAAAGUACACAUAUUAGCAGCAGCCUGUGGAGGCAUUAGCUCAGCCACACUCACCAACCCCAUCUGGUUAGUGAAAACCAGGAUGCAGCUGGAAGCCAGAGUGAAGGGGGAGAUGGCCAGCAAUGCUCUUCAGUGUGCCAUGCACGUGUAUCGCACUGAAGGCCUGCGUGGGUUUUACCGUGGGGUCACUGCCUCCUAUGCUGGAGUGUCAGAGACCAUCAUACACUUCGUCAUCUAUGAAGCACUGAAAAAGGAGCUGAGAAACAGCCAGCAUUCCCAUUCCCCAUCACUCACACUUCCACCAAACAACAGUGAUUUCUUGGCACUAAUGGGCGCUGCUGCUAUCUCCAAGACAUGUGCUACGUGCAUUGCAUAUCCACACGAGGUUGUUCGGACACGGUUGCGAGAGGAAGGGUCACGGUACCGUUCCUUUACACAGACUCUGCAGCUCGUGGUCCAUGAAGAGGGACCCUUGGCUUUGUACCGGGGGCUCCUGGCACACCUGAUCCGCCAGUUCCCAAACGCAGCUAUCAUGAUGGUUACCUAUGAACUCAUCAUACAUUUGGCCUCUUCCACCUUGUAAGCUGCAGCACUCGGCUGAGACUGCUGUGAAGGUACAGAGACACUGUGGUCCUGAGACCUGGUCUUUUGCAGUGCUCUGAAAGGUGGUACUUUUUGUCACAUAUCCAAUCUGGGUCAGGCAUUCUCAGGACACAACGACUAUUUUGUGCCAAGUUUUUUGCUCCAAUGUGCAUAGUAUAGCCUUUUUUUUCCUUCUGGAGAUUUGAAUUAUUCCAGUGGUUCGAGAUGUCAGGGCACUGGUUUGACAGUGCCUGUUGUAAACUUCCUUGAUGAAACAAAGGCAUGGAACUUACCAGGAAGGAGACAAAGCAGAAAAGUGUGAGAGUGUCUUAGCCCUAGCAUGUUCACUUCUUUUGGACCCAGUAGCAACAAUAUGUGGGCACAGUUGAGCAUGAAGAUAGACUAAGCUGAAACAUCCGAGAGAAUGCAACAAGCAGAGAUCUUGUGCUGCAACCUUUGCCCUCAGAGAGGCUCUUCCACUCUCACCGCCUACUGCCUGCCUUCUUGCCCCUAAGGAGGAUUUCUCAACCUUGGCUGCCAACAGAUUGCAGAAUUUUCCUUUGGGUCCUUCACAUGUCGCAGCCAUCGCCCCAGGAUGUGUCAGGCAGCUGACAGCCCCUUUUUGUCUUGCAGGGUCUGAAUAUCCAGACCAAGAAGAUCGAGGGAAGCAGUACAACCUGCUCUGGAGCACUAUCCUAGUAACUCAUGCUACUCCUGGGCUCAGAGCCAUGCUGUGCUAAUAACUGUUGUUUCCAUCUCCUCCAUGCUCAGCAAAAAGAAAAAGCUGCCUCCUUCCUCCAGAAGUGCUGGGCUGUUCUACAAGCUGGAACCCCUGGUAUAAAAAAUACUCUUAUCAUACUGAUUAAGAAAGUAGAUCAUGUGAGAGGAUGGAUGUAGCUAAGGAGAUUUGGCCUGUUUCUGUUGAUAUACUAAGUGUAUGGAAAGAGCCUUAUUUAUUUUAUUUUCCUGUGUUCAGUAAUUCAGUUUGCUGCAUGUGCUACAUUUGCCUGUGACGGGCUUGAGUGCCUUCUGUUCCUCUGUGAGUCUCUAGCACUGAAGGCUACUUUGUGUUUACAGAGUAUUUUGGCUCCCAAAAAGGCAGGGGAUAGGGUCCUGAGUGAUGUGUUUUUCUUUUUUCGUCACAUGCUAAAAAAUGUAACCCUUCCCCGAGAUAAGGUAGUAAUUUCAGUAAACACAUGCUCUGGACAAGCUCCAGUUUCACAUUAGAGGCUACACUAUUUCUUCCCUGGUUGUAGUGAAAAACUGCAGAAGUCCUGAAUGUUUUAUUUGAAAUCCAUUUAUUUUAAAAUCCACUUUGUUUCCUCAUCUUUCUUACCUUCAUUCAUUUAGUAUUAGGACUAUUGACAAUUUUACAAAGCGACACAAAGCUGCAGUGGUUUGUUGGGUUUUUUUUGGUUGGUUUUUUUUUUUUUUUUGCAUGAAACGAGAAUAAACCUCAAAUGACAACAUUGAAAAAA